GUAGAUGAAGUACGUACAGGCACAUAUAGGCAGUUGUUCCACCCUGAGCAGCUCAUUACUGGGAAAGAAGAUGCAGCUAAUAAUUAUGCCAGAGGCCAUUACACCAUUGGAAAAGAGAUUGUUGAUCUAGUGUUAGACCGCACGCGCAAAGUGGCUGAUCUGUGCACUGGGCUGCAAGGUUUCCUUAUCUUUCACAGUUUUGGAGGAGGCACUGGUUCAGGGUUUACAUCUCUGCUCAUGGAAAGGCUCUCUGUUGACUAUGGCAAAAAAUCUAAACUAGAAUUUGCAAUUUAUCCAGCACCACAGGUUUCUACUGCUGUAGUAGAACCUUACAAUUCAGUUUUAACUACACAUACAACACUGGAGCAUUCAGACUGCGCAUUCAUGGUAGAUAAUGAAGCCACUUAUGAUAUAUGUCGUCGCAACCUGGACAUAGAACGUCCCACUUAUACCAAUUUAAAUCGACUAAUUGCACAAAUUGUUUCAUCCAUCACAGCUUCACUACGUUUUGAUGGAGCCCUUAAUGUAGAUCUGACAGAAUUUCAAACUAACCUUGUUCCGUACCCACGAAUCCAUUUCCCCUUGGUAACAUAUGCCCCUAUCAUCUCUGCUGAAAAAGCCUACCAUGAGCAGUUAUCCGUGGCUGAAAUUACCAAUGCUUGCUUUGAACCAGCCAACCAGAUGGUAAAAUGUGACCCACGUCAUGGUAAAUACAUGGCCUGCUGUAUGUUAUACAGAGGUGAUGUUGUCCCUAAAGAUGUUAACGCAGCUAUCGCUACUAUCAAGACUAAACGUACCAUUCAGUUUGUGGAUUGGUGCCCAACUGGAUUCAAGGUGGGCAUUAACUACCAGCCUCCAACUGUGGUGCCAGGUGGCGACCUUGCAAAGGUGCAGAGAGCUGUAUGUAUGCUGAGUAAUACCACUGCCAUUGCUGAAGCAUGGGCUCGUCUCGACCAUAAAUUCGAUUUGAUGUAUGCCAAACGUGCCUUUGUACAUUGGUACGUUGGGGAAGGAAUGGAGGAAGGAGAAUUUUCCGAAGCCCGGGAAGAUCUGGCUGCCCUUGAAAAAGAUUAUGAAGAAGUUGGGAUAGACUCUGUAGAAGCAGAGGCUGAAGAAGAGGAUGAAUACUGAAAAUGCUGAAGUAAUAAAACGUGUGUUCUGUAACAGCAACAAAUGAAUUGCAGAAUCCUGUUCGCUUGCUUGCUUGUUUUCAGAUGCAGUUUUAAAUGUUGUACUGUUCAUUUUUUUCUUUGUUACUGUUUACACACACAGUUGCUGCGUAAGAACCGUUUGAAAUUACAGU